CCUAAUCGUUUGUUUAAUAAUCCCCCUGAACCCAAGCAAGUUACACAGCUUGCAUUCCAGCAACCUUUUCUAAUUUACAUUCCAAUUUUAAGUACAAUAUCCAUUCCCUGCUUAGUUGGGGAAAAUUACCUUUUUUGGGUCUCUGUAAUAACCAAAGAGUUUUCCUCCUAGGAUCCAAUAACCAGGGACCCCAUGGACAUCUAUAUGUCUAUUGGUUGCCUCAUCACACAAGAUCAUUUUAAUGCAUGGAGAAGGUAAACAGCCACACACCUUUAGAUGUCUAAUGGUACUGAGAUUGCAGUGUCUCUUUUUGUUUGCUAAACUCCUUAUCUUUCUGCAUCAGAGAAUUUCAGAAAUCAAACAAAUCUGCUUCCAGGCUGUUUUGCAUCCCUUCCAUUUCAGCCAAUUAGUUUAUUUUGCGUGAAGCUUUUAUCUGGCAGGACUUUGGUCCUCCAUGUGUCUUCAGAUGUGUCUCUGGCAGUGGAAGAGUAUCAUGAAUUUGGCAAGAGAAAAAUAGGAAAUUGACAACAGAGAUGUUGGAGCAGAAUAUCCAUCAAUUUGAAGAAAACUAUCUGAUUAGAGGCAAGGAUUGUAACCAUGAGAUCUUCAGUUCUUGUUGCUGUGACUAAACAGUUUGGUGAUUGGAAAGCAUACUUACUCCUAAAAUGAUAUAGCUUCAUGAAGAUUUGAUACAGUUUGCAUAUGCAAGGCACAUCUAAACCUAAUGGAUCCACCAGUUUACUAAAAGAAGAUGCCAACUAUUGUUUAUGCAUUGCUACAUGUCAUCUUAAGUAUAUUCAUCCCAUCUGCUAAUCUGCUGGUAAUCAUUGUCAUCUGUCGGCUGAAGAAGAAGAGAUCAAGCAGAAACUAUGUCUUCAUCCUCAACUUAGCAGCUGCUGAUCUGCUUGUGGGUGUGAUGUGCAUUGUGGAUGCUUUGGAUGAUGCAUCAGAUGUGUUGUUUGAAACAAAUCUGUUUCUUUGUCUUAUGAGGAUCUGCAUGGGUAUUACUCCUUGUAUUGGCUCCAUUCUCACCUUACUCCUGGUUUCUCUGGACAGGUAUUUGGCAGUGAAGCUGCCCCUUCAUUACCCCUCCCUCAUGAGCAAGAAACGUGUAAUCCUUUCUCUUGUAGUCCUCUGGGUUCUUUCCUUCUUGGUGGGUCACAUGCCACUUAUUUCUUCAGGACUGCGGCAGAGGAAUUUUGAAGGUAAUUGUGGGCUCCUGUCUGCUGCCAAAAGUGACUACCUCUUCAUAAUCUCUUUCGGCAUUUUCAUCCCUGCGUUGUUAAGCUUGGUGUGUUUGCAUAUCUCAGUAGGGAAGGUUGCCUAUCUACAGCAUAAGCAGAUCCAGCGCUCCUGCUUGCAUGCAGAUAUCCCCUCUGCUCACCUCUGCUAUUUCAAAGCUCUAAGGACUAUCCUUACGGUGACUGUUUGCUUCGUUGUAUUUUGGGGCCCUUAUUAUGGGACGGCCAUUGUGAAAGCUACCUGUAAAUCUUGCAGCCUGAACCCACUGUUGAGGGAUUUUUUGUAUCUUCUAGGAGAAACCAAUUCGCUGAUAAAUCCAUUUGUGUAUUCAUUGUACCACAAGGAUAUAAAGACUGAGUUCGCCAGGCUUAUGAAAUGUAAGGGAAAAGGACAACUAAAGCCAUGUAAGUCUAUUGAUUUAGCAAUGGCCAAUUCCAAUACUAGAAUGUGAAAUUAUUUGUGUAAAGGAUUUAUAAAAUGGAAUUAAUCUCAUCUAA